ACAUAGAGAUAGAAAGAAAAGCAGAGGGGGAGAGAGAGAGAGAGAGAGAGGUGAGAAAUGAGAAGAGUUUCUUGUGAAGAAGGGGAUCUGUCUUUCCUUUUCGCGUUGAAUUCUCUCUCUCAAUACAAACAUACACCUGGGAGAGAUUGAGAUAGAGAAAGCCAAAGAAGAGGAGGGAAAAAGAAAAGGAAAGAAAAGAAAAUUCGAAAAGAUAGAUCCCAUAUAAGAAGAAGAAACUUUAAAAGCUAUAUAUUAGCUGCUGUUACUUUCUCUCCAUUUCUUUUUUGUUUGUGUUCGUGAAAAGUUAUUUUUUGUGAUCGAUUUUUUUCUUUCUUCUUUCGAAAAUCUCAACUUUGUCUAAUUAUUCGAAAGCGUUCACACUUUUGUAAACCCAAGUGGGCUUUAUUAGUUAUUACUCUGAAUUCCUCACAUUCAGAAGAAGCAUUUAUUUUCCCUUUUUUUUUUUUCCUUUCUUCUUCUUCUUCUCUUCCUCAACAACUGAUAUACAAAACUCAAGAGAAAGAAAGCAACAUAGAAAGCAAAGGGAAAAAAAAAGAAAAAGAAAAACAAGAGACCCUCUUCAAUUCCAGGAGAAAUACAAAGAAUUGGAAUUAUUAUAUGUAUAUACUUCUGUAUAUGUAUAGAUAUAUAUAGACAGACAGAGAGAGGAGGAUUUUGAUUUUGGAUUUGUGAAAUGAGAGCGGGGCUGAGCACGAUCCAGCAAACACUGACGCCGGAGGCGGCGAGCGUUUUGAACCACUCGAUAGCGGAGGCAGGACGCCGGAACCAUGGCCAAACGACGCCGCUUCACGUGGCGGCGACGCUCCUGGCGUCGCCGUCGGGAUUCCUCCGGCAAGCCUGCAUAAAGUCCCACCCCAAUUCCUCCCAUCCUCUCCAGUGCCGGGCCCUCGAGCUCUGCUUCAGCGUCGCCCUCGAGCGUCUCCCGACGGCGGUUCAGAACUCUUCCGCCUCCGGCGGCGGCGCGGCGGUGGCUGAGCCGCCAAUCUCCAAUGCUCUGAUGGCGGCUCUGAAGCGGGCCCAGGCCCACCAGCGCCGCGGAUGUCCGGAGCAGCAGCAGCAGCCGCUCCUCGCCGUUAAGGUCGAGCUCGAGCAGCUCAUCAUUUCGAUCCUCGACGACCCGAGCGUGAGCCGCGUCAUGCGCGAAGCAAGCUUCUCGAGCCCCGCCGUUAAAGCCACGAUUGAGCAGUCCUUGACAAGUACCGCGUCGAAUUCUAAUUUGGCUUCGAGUUGUAAUAAUCCUCAGAGCUCUAUAUCGAUGGGUUUUCGCCCCGGGCCCGCUGCCGCUGCCGUGCCGGGGCGGAAUUUGUACUUGAAUCCCCGGCUUCAGCAGCAGCAGAAUCAGCAGGGCGGUGGCGGUGGUGCGCAACCGGGGCAGAUGAGGGCGGAGGAGGUGAAGCGGGUGAUUGAUAUUUUGAUGCGGACGAGGAAGAGGAAUCCGGUGCUGGUCGGAGAUUCGGAGCCCGAGGCGGUGGUGAGGGAGAUUCUGAGGAGGAUUGACGGGAAGGAAUUGGGGGAAUUGAUGAGUAAUGUUGAGGUUGUUCAUAUGGAGAAGGAGGUCGGUUCGGAUAGGACCAAGACGGUGGAGAGAGUGAAGGAGUUGGCCGGUUUAGUCGAGGCUCGGAUCGGGAAAUCGAGCGGUGGCAGCGGCGUUGUGCUGAAUUUGGGAGACUUAAGGGGGCUGGUGGAGCAGCCGGUGAGUUUAGCAGGAGCUCCUGCUCCCCAGACGCAGGUUGUUUCGGAGGCGGGGCGGGAGGCGGUCGCGGAGGUGGCGAAGCUUCUGACGAUGUUCGGAGACGGCGGUGGCGGUGGCGGUGGAGGACGGCUUUGGUUGAUCGGCACGGCGACGUGCGAGACGUAUUUGAGGUGUCAAGUGUACCAUCCUUCUAUGGAGAAUGAUUGGGAUCUGCAGGCUGUUCCAAUUGCCGCCAGGGCUCCUGUUCCGGGACUAUUUCCCAGGCUUGGAACAAAUGGGAUUCUCAGCAGCUCAGUGGAAUCGCUGUCCCCUCUUCUGAAGGGCUUUCCAACUGCAAAACUUGGUCCACCUAGGCGUUUGUUCGAAAACUUGGAUCCGUCUCGAAGAACAACUACAAACUGUUGCCCACAAUGCACGCAAAGCUAUGAACAAGAGCUAUCCAAAUUUGUCGCCAAGGAAUCCGAAAAAUCAUCCUCCGACGUUAUUAAAUCGGAGGGUGCUCGACCUCCUCUGCCGCAAUGGCUGCAGAAUGCGAAAGCCCGGGACGGCGAUGCCAAAACAUUGGAUCAGCCACAGAAUAAGGAGCAAGAAUUGAUUCUGAAGCAAAAGUCUCAGGAGUUGCAAAAGAAAUGGAGUGAUACAUGCUUGCAUAUUCACCCCAGUUUCCAUCAUCAGCCGAAUUUCAGCACUGAGAGGAUAGUUCCGACCCCGACGGGUUUAACGAUGGCGGGCUUGUAUAAUCCGAACUUGCUUGGGCGCCAACCUUUCCAACCGAAAUUACAGAUGAACAGAAGCCUUGGAGAAAGUAUGCAGUUGAACACAAACCCAGUUUUGAACCAACCUUCUGAGAGGACUAAUUCCCCACCAGGAAGCCCUGUGAGAACCGAUUUAGUCCUCGGUCAAAUGAAGGUCAAUGGCACGGCGCAAGAGCAGAGUCAUAAGGAAAGGAUCAAGGACUUAAUUGGCUGCAUUUCUUCUGAAGUACCACAAAACAAGUUCAUUGAAAUUCAUAGAGAUGACAAAAUGGCUUCCAAAUUAGAUGCCGACUCGUUUAAGAGACUAUCCAAGGGUUUGGCGGAGAAGGUGUGGUGGCAGCCGGAGGCCGCGGUUAGUGUCGCGGCCACAAUGACGGAGUGUAAGUUGGGCAGUGGCAAGCGCCGCGGGGCACGGUCGAAGGGUGACUUAUGGGUGAUGUUCCUUGGGCCCGACAGGGUCGGCAAGAAGAGGAUGGCAUCGGCUCUUGCAGAGCUGGUUUCUGGGUCCAGCCCGGUGAUGAUCUAUCUCGGCUCUAGGCGUGGAGAUGGAGAAUCGGAUAUGAGUUUCAGAGGUAAAACAGUUGUGGACAGAAUUGCGGAGGCGGUUAGGAGGAAUCCCUUUGCGGUGAUUGUGUUGGAGGACAUUAAUGAAGCAGAUAUGCUCGUUCGCGGGAGCAUAAAACGUGCGUUGGAGAGAGGCCGUCUUGCCGAUUCUCAUGGCCGUGAAGUCAGUCUUGGAAACGUUGUGUUCAUCCUCACGGCAGAUUGGUUACCGGACAAUCUAAAGUGCUUGUCCAACGGAGUUUUGGUCGACAAAGAGAAGCUUGCGAGUAUAGCUAAAAAAGCUUGGCAGCUGAGGCUAUCGGUAAGUGGGAGGACCGUGAAAAGGCGAGCGCCCUGGCUUCGUGAUGAUGAUCAGAGACCGACGAAGCCGCGAAAGGAAACAAGUUCAGCUUUGGCAUUCGAUCUGAACGAGGCUGCUGACACCGAGGACGACAAAGCGGACGGAUCGCACAACUCUAGCGACUUGACAAUCGAUCACGAAGAAUACAGCCUCAAUAACAGGCCAUUACUCGCUGCAGCCUCACCGCCGCCACCCCAGGAAAUGCUCGAUUCCGUGGACGACACGAUUGUCUUCAAGCCAGCAGAGUUUGUUUCCCUUCGCAACGGCAUCACGAGCACCAUUUCAAACCGGUUCUCCAACAUCGUUGGAGCUGGGAUUUCACUGGAAAUGGAUGAAGAUGCCGUGGAAAAGAUCUUGAGCGGCUUGUGGCUAGGCAGGACAAGUUUAGAGGCAUGGACGGAGAACGUACUUGUUCCUAGCUUCGAGGAGCUAAAAUCGAGCCUUCCCAGUUCAACUGCCGACGGACUCGUCGUUGUUAGGCUCGAAUCGGACGGUGAAUCUGACUGUGGAGGCCGCGAAGAUUUGCUGCCCAGCAGCGUCAAGGUGGUGGCGGCGGCGGCUGACGCCUGAUUUGAGUUUUGGUUGGGAUAGAAUUGGUAAUUCCAUCAUGUUGUGAUGGUCAAAACUGUAAAUAUGAAGAGCUGUUUGGCGGGUAGUCAAAGGUACAUUUGGGAAGGUCAAGAGAAAACCGUUAGAAGAA